AUGUACAACAAAAAAUGUUUGAAAGUGAAUCUUGGAAAUUGCAAAAUGAAAUGUACGUCUGUUUGUACGCUUGUAGUACGCGCAGAAAUCGUUUUCAAGGUCAUAAAUAAGGAAGGUGAAGGUCACGCGGUUCGGUCAUUCAGGUCAACCUUUAAUAAUAUGAUGCUCACAAUCGACCAAUCAAAAUCGAGUAGAGCCGGUGAUUAUGACGAUAACAAUGACAAAGAAACGAUCAUCAUAGACAACAUGGACGGCAAGCAGAGUGCGGAGGACUUUUUAGUGCGACCACAAUUUGAUCGUUCCAUAGUUUUGGAAUCUGCGUUCAACCCUGGUCAUUAUCUGGCUCUUGAAGGUCACGGACGAUGUUUCCAAUCCACUGUUGUUGAUGAGUGUUCCAAGUUCUGGAUCGAGUUGAAAGGAACGUUUAAAGACGGCAACCACAUCAUAUUCCAUUCGUCCAUCGUUCAAUGCCUUGCUGUUCAGACUUCUAUGAAAGUCACCGCGCUCAAAAAUAACCAAUUCAAACAACAUCCACAACAACUGCAUCGUCAACAACAGCUACGACAACAGCAGCAGCAGUCACCUUUCCAGCUACAACAUUUCCACAACACCACUUUCAUCAAAGACAACAAGCUGCAGCCAACACAACAUCAUAAAAACAUUGGCGCACUAACAACUCUUGCAACAACGCAACCAUUGCAGCAUUACACAAAUAACAACUCAGCCACGACAUCAAACGACGACAACAACAACGAGAAUGUAUCGGUCUGGAUAGCUCACAAAGUUGAGAAGCACAUCUACCAGCUGGAGAGCAAGAGGCAUUCUGGAAUGUUCCUGUCGGCGUCUGCGGCCAGAUCUGUCGAUGCUCUCGGCGGCAAGGACGACGUGGGAAGUUGUUUCAAACUUCACCCACGUUACAGCACAUGUGGUUGCAUCAUGUUGGAAUCCAUGUUACAUCCUGGUCACUUUGUGGCGGUCACUAGUUCCGGAAAUUUGGGAUUGAUGAGGCUGAAGGUUGAUGCUGCAGAAUGUGACAGAACCUGCAGAUUCUAUCCUCAAUUAAUGGGCCAGCCAGCAGUCACAAACGCACUGUACUAUUUAACGCCACAGGGAAUGUUCGUCCCUCUCAACAUCCAGUUCUUCAAUGAUAAGAUCGAUGAUGAUGACAACAAUGAUGACAAUAUUCGCGACAAUGAUGUUGGUCGUUAUAAUGGUGAUGAUAACGACAACAAUGAUCACCGAGCUGGUAGUGAUGACGACGAUGAAGAUGAUGAUUUGUUCGUGCCAACAGCCAGAAACAAAAAAGAGGACUGGAUUGUAUCGCUGACGACAUCAUGCAGCCUGCAGGACGCUGACGUCAUGUUGCACCUUUACGGCGAUGAUGGUUACUACGGUCCUAUCAUUCUGGGGGGCAACAAUCCGGGCAGUGCCAGAGGGGAUCCUGGUGGAAGAAAUUUGGCGAGUGUUCGAAGAAUGGAUGGCACCAGAGAUUUGUUCAGUAGCGGAAAUGUUGAUGAGUUCAAGAUUCAGGUCCCAAGAAGCACAGGUGAGUUGUUCAAAGUCAGGUUGGAGCUGAUCACACAGGGGGUGGGUCUUCAGGCCAGGUGGAAAGUUAACAUGGUACUUAUGGGGACAAUGCUGCUGCAGCUGAGGAACAUGUCGACAUUGAAGACGUUGAAGUUCCGCUUCGAUCGUUGGCUGUCGCGACGGGAAGAUGAUUGCGACAUCGUCAGGGAGAUGCCUGUUGUCAGGCUGCUAGGCAACACACUGCCAGUGACCAGUUAUUUGGUUGAGACGUAUACAGGCGGUUGCAAGCACAGCGAAUAUAUAAACGACAUCAACAGCAACAACAACAACAGCAUAGAUAACUACAUUAAAAAUUACAUCAACAACAACACAAACAUCAGCAACUCAAAAUCCCACAAAAAGCUGAUAAAUGUUUACAUCAACAUGUUUGGAGAGCACGGAGAUUCAGGGAGGAGGUUGUUGUUCAAAUCAAAUAACUGGGUCAAGUUUGUUAUGGGCCAGAGAGACGAGUUUCGAAUUGAAUCGGUCCAUCUGGGAACUUUAAUGAGGUGUGUGGUGACCUGUGAAUUCAACGAAGAGGAACAUUCUGACAAUGGGAACGAUGAUGGUGAUGAAGAUGAUGAUAAGUAUCGAUGGUGUUGUAAUAAGAUUGUUGUUACGUACAAGUGCAACAAAGAUGAUGACGACGACGACGAUGAUGAUGUUCGCAAGAAGGCUGAUGAUGAAAACGAGGAAAUAGUGAUGUUCCCUUGCAACAAAUGCUUCCACGUCAAAAACAAGCGUAGAAUGAAGAUUGAAAAAGUUCUCAAACCCUUCAAAUCCAAUGGGGCAAGUCCUUACAUUAGGAAUCCAUCCAACAAGCCAAAACAACCAGUUUUUAAGUUAGCUCACAAGACGAAUCGCGCGUCUAGAAUUCCAGUGCAUAAAGAGAGAAAACGUUUAAAAGUUGCAAACAAUCCGCCAAUCCUUCUUCACGACCUGGAGAGAACAAUGUCUGAUCAACUAAAACAACAACAACUUCAACAACUACAUCAAUCUUUGCACCAACAACAGCCACAACUGCAAAAACAACUACCAGAAGAAUUUAUGUUGCAAAAGAACUUGUCCGGAGUUUCAGAAAGAAGCAAUGAUGAAAAAAUAUCAUCUGAUGAAGAUAUUAAUAAACUACAUGAAGACAAUAACGAUAACGAUAAUAAAGUCGAUGGUAGCAGUGAUAAAAACGAGGAUGUUGAAAAUGAUGAUUCUGAUACUGUUGACGAGCAAGAAAAUGACGAAAGACUCGAUGAAAAUGAUAAAAAUGAUGAUGACGUCAAACCUUUGAUUGAAGCACCAGCCACUAAGGAGUCCAAGCAGCAUUUGUUAGGUGAAUGGAAUUUAUAUCUACUGUUCAGAAAUAAAAAUCUUGUCUUUAAUAAUAAUAAUAAUAAUAAUAACAAUAAUAAUAAAAGUGCCGACGACGACGAUGAUGUCACUGUGAAAAAAAUGAUUCAAACAUGUUAUAAAACAGCGGUAAUAUACAACAAUGAUGGAGAGAAAGUUCAUCUGUCGUUGAAUGAAUGCAAGGUCAGGUCGCCUACGUCUGGUUGGGGGCUUGGACCUGUCGCCAAGUUCAAGGUGACCUUCAAGGAGUUCUUCCGGAACUUUCACAAACUGAGGAUAGGUGUGCAGUUUGUUUCACGAAAUCUUAAUUGUUACAAAACUAUCAAACUUAAAAAGGUUAUUUUGAAGCACAAAUUUAACGAGACCACAUUCGAGUUCUCAAAAAAUGAUAUCUAUGAUGUAUCCAAUGAGAGAAAAAUAAAUAACAAUAAUAAAAACAAAACAAAAAGUAAUAAUGAUGACAUUGAUGACAAUAAUGAUGAUGACAACGACAAUGAUGACGGCAAAGAUGGAUGGAUGGAGUUGCCUGUAAAAACAUCAACUUCUGGUAUCAACCUCACUGAAAUUAACAUUAGUGAUAAUGAUAACAACAACAAUAACAACAACAACAAUAACAACAACAAUAACAACGAUGGUUACAGUAAAGUUUUUAAAGACAUUAACAUAAAGGACGAAUGUGUUCUUAUAGAAGAGACAAUGUUAAUGAGAGACCCAAUUAUCACCUACCACAUCAAAGUCUUCAUCACCAAAUCGAAACUGAAACAUAAAAAGUUGGGAAAACCCAUAAUGAUGGAUGCAAAUUUGUACGGAAGUAAAAGUGAUUCUGGGAUGAGGACGAAGAAGAUGACGACAAUGAUGAAGAGGGUUAAUCGCUAUGAUGAUAAUGACAUCAAGGAUGAUGGUGAUAAAAAUAAAGACGCCGACAAAGAAAUCAUGGAAACGUUGGAUAUAAAAGCAGUCCACCUUUCUGCCUUGCAAUCCCUACUCAUCGGUUUCCACUUUAAAAAUAAUGACAACGGUGAUGAAGACGAUGAUGAGGAUGAUGAUUUAAAAAUUUUCGUUAACCAUGUUAUCGUCACUUACUCAUAUUCCUCAUCGUCCUUCUCGUCAUCAUCAUCAUCAACAACGUCAUCAGCAACAUCAUCAUCAACAACAUCAACGUCUGCCAAAAAGAGUUACAGCGUUUAUUUCAAGUGCAAUGAUUUCAUCAGCGUAGUCCCCUCUUCAUCUUCCUCACCAUCUUCCUCAUCAUCUUCCUCGUCUCCACCCUCUCCUGGAAAGUCUCAAUGCAAGAUGUUGUACCCGGGGGAAAGGGAUGACGUCACAGAACCUUCCAAAGCUGCAAACCCGAAAGAAACAUGGAAAGUAACUAUCCGGGCGGGGAAAUUUGCUGACGAUGACGACGACGACGAUGACGAUGAUUCUAACGAUAACGAUGCAACAAAUACGAACAACAACAGUAACAACAAAAACAACAACAAUAAUAACAAUAACAACAACAACGCCAUUUUCGUUGAUGAAUUUUUCAGGAAACCAGCCUCAUUCCGACAGCAUCCUAGCUACAAAGUACAUCCUGAGCCAUUAAAAGGCAGUUUGGCGUUAGUGGUGUACGGUGAUGAUGGAGUGAGUGAAGUGAUGAGGAUGAAGAUGUUGACGGGGAGGAGUCAUCUUUUCAUGCAAGGCCAAGAGUUGCUGUUUGAAGUUACAACGGAAAACACGAAAUUAGGCAACCCGUACAAAAUUAGAAUAGGAAUCGAUGAAGAUGAUGAUGAUGAAGAUGAGAGGACGUGUGAAAACUGGCUGAUUGGAACUGUGACAAUAUACCAGCCAGCAAGCCAAUCAUCGUUCAUGUUUGAGGUGAACGACCGAAUGAUACGCAAUGAUUGGUUCGAUGGAUGGGUGGAGUCAUCCUUAUCAGAAUGUUUGACCAACCAGCAAUCGUCUGAUAAUGACAUCAUCACUCGACUUCCAGUACUACUGUACACCGUUAAAGUACACACAUCUCAGUUUAUUGUACCGAUGCACGUAACCUCAAGAUGUUUUGCAUACAUUAUGUUAAUUGGUGGGCGGGGCGAUACAGGCUGGAGGCGAUUGAUUGACUUUAAGAACCAGAGUCACCUCUUUGAAGCUGGAAAAGUCCAAACCUUUGAAGUGGAGGCGGUAGACCUAAAAAAUAUAACCGAUGUUGUUAUUGGUCACGAUUUUGACCAACCAGAAUGCAGGUGCCUCAUAGAUGGCGAAGGUAAAACUAAAAAGUACGAGAGAUCGUUCAGCGUUGAAAACUUCAAGGCAGACGAAUGGUCCUUCUACGUAUACAACAAGAUGAACAGGCACGCAACAAAACAACUGCCUAGCAACAUCACGACAACAACGUCAACGAGCAGACCUGAGCAAAUGCUCAUCAACGAUUUGUUGCUGGUUCUUUACGGCAGCAACGGAUGGACUGAAGAAAUGGAAGUAACAGCUGUCGAUAUGCAGCUGAAGAAGGAUGAACGAGAUAGUGACGUCAUGUUUUACAUCAAAAAAUUCAAAUUUAAGGAGUGGUUCUUCGCAAGCGUGGGUGACUUUUAUAAGUUGAGGUUGGGAUUUCCAGAGAAGUUGAAUGACAAGGUUCAUUGCUACAUCGAAGAUAUAAUAAUAAGGAACGACACGAAACACCUGAGUUACGCAUUCCACAUGGAUGCAUUCAUGCAGAGGAACGAACAGAGCGAUGGUUGGAAGGAGGUGCCCUGCCUCACACACGCUGCAUACUUGCACAACAUCUGCGAAACUCACCUCAUAGAACUGUCUUCAAGGAAACCGUUACCCGUGCUCUCAUACGGUGUACAAGUUCAAACCGGUCCAUCACCGAAUUCCGGCACAGAUGACGUCAUCUUCUUGGAAAUAUUUGGCACAAGAGGCAGCACAGGAAGAAGAAAGCUUCUCGAAAAUUAUGGCGAAUUUCCGGAUAAAAACUUUAGGGACGGCCAGUUGGAUGUUUUUGUGAUCGAAGCGGUGGACAUUGAGAGGGUGGAGAAGAUUCACGUGGGCAGAAUGAAUGUAACCCCGCCUUCAUCAUCGUCGCCAACAUCAUCAGCAGUAUCGCCACGGAGUAACAGUGGAUGGUUUGUGGAUAGCAUAUCCAUUGUCGUCCUAGCAAACCACAUCAUCAAUGUCUUCAAGUUCCACUGCUCAUGUUUCAUAACACCAGACGAACCAGUGAAAGAGUUCUUCUUGACAGAUUUUGAACAGAUGAACGAGAACGACGUAAAAUGA